UUUCAUUUAGAAUUCCGAGGCGUAUACCACACGAGCUAGCGGGAGUUGCGAAAUUUGUUAUCAAGAUGUUCAAAUCUUAUCAGCUGGUUCUAAGCAUGGCUCUGCUGUUUGGAUGUCUUAACCUUGAGACUAGAUCCUUUGCACGAAACUUCCAUACGAAUCUUCGACGCUCGAACUCGACGCAUGUGAAGCCGGCGACGAACUAUCAGCCCUGGGUUGGUCCGGGAUUUAAUAGUACCCGACCAAGAUUCAAUGAGACGCGAGUUGUGCAGCCCUUGCAUAGCAGUCCUCAGUACGGAGCACCUUACCAGGGAACAGCUCAGCAGCCAAACAUAGGCUUCCAUGACAACUUCGUCGGUUCGGGUCAAUUCCAACCCAGUGGCACAUAUGGAUUCGGCCCGUUCUCAAAUGGCACGACACAUGGCAAUUUUACCUAUGCCAAAGGUGGAUUGUCCAAUGGCACCUAUCCCUACGGGAAACUUUUCAAGCUUUGGUAGAAUCAAACACAACACAAUUUAAAAUAAAGCAACACUUUAAAUAAAGACGAGUCGAAUUUCUUUUUUCAAAAAAUCAUAUUUAUUCUGCAGAUAAUCCGUUUAUGGACAUCUGGCAUUGGGAUUAUCUGGAUCAUCGUGUUAAAUUGCUUUCCGGUAUUCCAGGAACAUGUUUAUAUACAAUAAAUAUUGAUUGGAAUGAUGAUAGGCUCCAGUCAUGAGGUUAUUAGGUCAAGGGUGCGGGUUAUUGAUGUUUAAUUAACAACUAAGGCAAUACGGUUCUAUAUGGAUGACGCUUGUUUAGCUUGCACAUAGCUUUCAAAAUGUAAGUUGUAUAUCAGCUUUGAACGUAUGAAUUUUGCUUAAAUUGCGCCUCAUGGGAAUACCGACGAUGAUCAUAGAGAAAACAAAGCCGACGAAACGAAGAAUAAUCCCUCGCCGCAGUCAAGUGAUCCCUCGCCGCCGUCCGGAACUCCCACGCCGCCGUCUCGAGCUCCCUCGCCGCCGUCAAGUGCACUCCUCCCACGCAGCCGUCCGUAACUCCCUCGCCGCAGUCACCGAUAAUGUCCCUCGCUGCAGUCAAAGGUCAAUGUUCCUACGCCGCAGUCAAAUGUCAAUGCUCCCACGCCGCAGUCAAUGCGAUUCUCCUCUUGACAUCAAGUUAUAUGGUUAUCCGAAUGGGCUCCCCUUCCCAGUUGUCCUAAUAAUAGAAGCCUUGUACCUAGCGACAUCUCCUAACCGAAGCCCUAAAAGUCCCACGUAGAAAACGAAAGAGAAUCCCACGCUGUUCUUUCAAUUUGGUAUCCCCCGCUGCCGUCAUUUUUGGUAUAAUCCCACGCUGCUGUCAAAAUAUUUACUAUUAUCCCUCGCCGCCGUCAGUUUGUGAACGUAUUCAAAUUGUGCCCAAUUGUCCGAAGUUUUAGAAAACAUUUGCAAUCCUUCAAAAAAUCCUAAUCGCCAGAAACGAAGUCCUUUGAGAAAACAUCAGAAACGAACGGCCUCAUCGUUGGCCUUAGAGUGGGUCGAGUAGCAGAAGACAAGAAGAAAAC